AUGCUACCAUCGAAUACACUUGGCGGAAGGCAGGCCGAGCAGUACUCCAAAGGCUGGAAUGAGGUCUUGGAGAAAGCAGACUCGGCCCAAGGGAUAUUGCAGGACUUCCAGGUUUUGAAAAUUCGGUUGCAAAAUUCUUUAAACCCGCUUGAGGUGGACUGGAGCUCGCCACUCGACAAUAUAAAUGCAUUCCUAGAGCAGUUGCAAUGGAACGACGUCCCAGCUCUCGCGGAACUCGUAUCGAGCAAAGAUGUUGCUCUGCUUAGAGAAUAUGCGCAAACCGCAUUUGCCGAUGAUGGGGCCCAGGCGCGUUCCAUCUUGGGCUUCCGAUGGAAUCAGCUGAUGACUGAGGUGAAACAGUGCAUGGCUGCUGAGAUCGGGCUGGAAUCUCAGAUUGAUAGCCUUGAUCAGGUGUUUUUAAACGGACCUACCUUCGGUCCCAGCUCUGACGGAUAA